AUGCCUUAUAUCCGCCGACCAAAACGUGUUGCUUCUACUCCAACUGCUUCUCGGGCAAACCAACAGCGUCAAGCAGCUGCACCCCGCCGCGGUUUACGUUCACGAGCAACUCGUGGUGAGGCUAGUGGACCAGUCAGUGUUCUUGGACAUCCAACCUCCGCAGCGCCUGUCGUGCCAACGCCUGCACCAACAACGAUCCCAUCGCCGCUGCCGGGUGAUCUGGUCACAACAUUGGUUUCGUCGGUAACGGCCGCAGUUACACAACAGCUUUCAGCGCUCCUACUGUCCCCUUCGACUGCUCUUCCAGGGAUUUCUCCGCCAUCGUCUUCGACGUAUCCUACGGUAGAGUCUUCGUCUUCUGCCCACGCAGUAGCUUUGGUUCAGGGCGCACUUGGCGAAGCCCACUCCAACAUAUCAGGUCAGGCACGUCCUUUCACUAUACCGGAACAGUUGCUACCCAAUCAGUCUUUUAAUUCCGCUAGCUUGCCUCACGAUGCGCGAGUUCCCGACAAAAUUAAGGAAAAAAUAUGGAGGGAAGAGUUUGUUGAUUUUGGCGUUUUACUGAGCAAUCCUGACCCAACCGCACGUUACAAGAUCAACGUGCGGCCUUCGGACGCUGGCCGGCCUGCCUCGCUUGUUUUAGAGCCGACAGCAAAAUCCGGCAAACAAAUAAAAAAUAUCAAUGAUUGGCUUCGCGCUUUUCACAUUUUUGUAUCUAUUUACACCCAACGAUACACACAUGAGACCCCCGCGCUUAUGAAUUAUUGUCAACUAGUCCAAGAUUUGGCCGCGCGCGACCAUAAUUGGUUUUAUUAUGACGAAAAUUUUCGUUUUUUUGCGCCAAACGCAGGCCUCACAGGUUCCAUGGGCGACCGUUCAUUGGGAAUUGUGGUUACGUUCGCAAAAUUCUUCGCCGCGUAGAUUAAGUAACGUGCCAACCGCGCAAAACGCUUCGCGAAAACCUCCGAUUUUGUCUGUACCGAGGGGUUUCUGCUAUACAUUUCACCGCGGAGCCUACUGCUCGGGAUGCGAUUUCAAGCACGUUUGUUUUAAGUGUAACGGAGCACAUCGUUCCGUUAACAGUAAUUUUCGCCGUUCAGCCAGAGAAUCUCCCAAUGAACGAUCGCCCUAGCCUGUUUCGCCCUCCGUUGCCAACACCGGUAAAAGUGUCUAAUCUAAAAAUUUUAUUAGAUGGCUAUGAGCCGCAUCUUGUUGAUAAUUUAAUGUUUGGUUUUUCAAUUGGUUUCCGUAUUAAUUUUCAAGGGGCUGAACGAUCAUUUGAAGUCCGCAAUUUGCGAUCAGCUUUGGACAAUCCUAAGGCAGUCGAUUCAAAAUUAAACAAGGAAUUAGAGGCAGGUCGGCUUGCUGGUCCCUUUAUUUCGCCGCCAUUCCCAGUCCCUGUAUUUUCGUGUGUCACCAUCUUUUAGGCAUAAAAUGGCGCGAAUUUUAUUACUACGACCGUGCUAUGCCCAUGGGCUGCUCGAGCUCGUGUCGCACUUUUGAAACCUUCAGUACGGCGGUUGGAUGGAUUGCUCGGGAAAAGCUGCUUAUCGACAAACUACUUCAUUUACUUGAUGAUUUUCUGAUUAUAUCAUCUACUUAUUUUGUAUGUAAAGCACAUUUGGAUUUAUUUAUUAUUCUCUGCGAUUUUUUGGGCAUUCCCAUUGCACCAGACAAAACAUUUGGCCCAUCGACCACUCUCACAUUCGCUGGUAUUGAGUUGGAUUCACUUCGAUUAUCAACUUGAUCAGCUAAGGAAAUCAUAUAGCUUGCCCGGAAAAAAAGAUGCAAAGUGUUGUCAGACUAGUUCAGACGAAAACGCUAGACUAAGACAAGAAAAUGCUCAGCUUAAGGAGGAAAAUAACACCCUGAAGGAGAAAUUUAACAAUUACUCCCUCGAUUACUCCUGUACUAUAUCGGACUUAAAAACCAAAAUAGAAAAUAUUGAAAACGAAAAACUGAGUUUGAUCACGGCUAUAAAGCUGCUACAAGAUGACAAUAAUUCUAGAUCAGCGAAUAAUAAACAGUCAACAUGUAGUACUUGGCAGGUUCACUCUAAACCAAGUUCACGCAAAAUUCCUGCUACUCACGUACAAAACAAACCGUUUACCCCCACUGUGAUAAAUAAUCAACCACGGGAAGUAACAACGUAAGAAAAUAGAUUCGAACUAUUAUCGCAUACUAUAGAUAACGACGAAAAAUUCAACACCGUUGAAAGUUCAAAUGAGUCUAACACUCCUUCGGUAAUAAAGCAAAAUUGCCCAAGGGAGGAUCUUAGUAAACGUAGCAAUCAACAAAGGGGUAAUCAAUCAACAAAACCCAACAAGGAUAAAGCAAAGUUUAAGGAUAGAAAUCGCCCAGAUAAUAACACAGGUGAAAAGUCUGGUAAACUCGCAUUUAUUGCAGGGGACUCUAUUCUGCAACAUGUGCAUGGCUGGGAAUUGUCCAGCGACGAACAACGUGUGACAGUAAAAGCCUUCUCAGGAAGUAGAGUAGAAGACAUGCAGGACUAUAUAAAACCCCUGAUACGCAAAAAGCCUGACACAAUGAUAUUGCACGUUGGUACUAAUGACAUUAAAGACGACACCAAGUCAGCAGAGGUAGUUGCAGCGGGAAUAUUAAAUUUAGGUAAUCAAAUUAAGGAUAAUUUACCACGCACUACAGUAUGCAUAUCAAGCAUAAAGCUGUAAAUGAUAUUCUUGGGCGUGUUUGCGGCUUAAAUAAUUGGACUUAUAUAGACAAUAGUAAUAUAGACUAUACUUGCUUGAAUAGACGUGGGCUACACCUAAACAAAAAGGGUAGCAGUAUUAUUAGUAAAAAUUAUAAUAACUAUUUCAAUCAUAUUAAUUGAAACACAGCCCGGCCAGGUGUUGAUAAAUGUGCAUCAUCAAACCCAAACGUUCCAAACUUUAAAGGUUUCAAAAUGAGUAUGCUAAAUAUAGCCAGUUUACCUAAGCAUAUUAAUGAAAUAAGAAUAUUACUGGCCGAUCAAUGUCUCGAUAUACUUGCUUUGAAUGAGACAAGAUUGGAUGAAAAUAUUAGUAACCAGGAUAUGCAUAUAGAUAACUAUGAUUUAAUUAGGUUUGAUCGUUCUAGAAAAGGGGGAGGCGUCUGUAUAUAUGCUAAAAAUUCUCUUAACUUUUCCGAACGAAAAGACUUAACUAGAGAUAAUCUUGAGGCUGUUUUUAUCGAAAUUCAUAAACCUUCUAGUGCAUCCUUUAUUGUUGGAACUAUAUACAGACCUCCAAGUGCUUCGGUUGACUCAUUUGUUGCAAUUGAAAAAUUAGUGCAAUUAAUAGAUGACGAGAAUAAGGAAUUCUAUUUACUUGGCGAUUUAAAUGCCAACAUGCUUGACAUUUCGAAUAAUGCCACAAAAGAACUAGUUUCAAUAAUGGAACAAUAUAAUUAACUCAAACAAUUAGUGCACCCACUCGUGAGACCACGACUUCAUCCUCUUUGUUAGAUGUUUGUCUCACUUCUACUCCAGAAAAGUUAAUUACAUCUAGGGUAGUGCCGAUUACAAUUAGUGACCAUUAUAUGAUCGUCAUUGUUCGUAAAAUAAAUACUUACUGUAAACAAAAACGCCACAAGAAAGUUGAAUUUCGAAAUUUAAAAAAUUUUAAUGUCGAUAAUUUCCAAGCCGACCUGUAUAGUCAGGAUUGGGAAUUAUUAGAUAAUCAAGCAUGCGUUGAUAAGAUGUGGGAUAUAUGGAAAACACUCUUUAUGACAGUGCUCGACAAACAUGCUCCAAAUAAAGAGAAAAGAGUGAAAGAUAAACCCAGUGUCCCUUGGCUAACCACUACAAUUAAAAAACAAAUUAGAGAACGAGAUCGUCUAAAAAUUCUUGCAAUAAAAUACAAAUCGGAAAAUUACUGGGAUGCUUAUAAAUCGUCUAGAAAUCGCAUAACAGAUGCUUUGCGAGAAGCUAAAACAGCUUAUUAUAAAGUACAAUUUGAUAAAGUAAAACAUGAUCCAAAACAAGCUUGGAAAACUGUUAAUAAAAUCCUAAAUCGAAAGCAAAAAUGUCCAGAUAUAAACUCUGUCAAAACUCAGAAUGGAGAGAUUACCGAUCCAAAUGAGUUAGCGGAAAGCUUCAAUGAUUAUUUUACUAAUAUUGGCCCAGAUAUUGCAAAAACGAUCGAUAAAG